AUGGGCGUGACGGGCUUGCUACCAGUGCUCAAGAGUGUUAUGGACCAGGUCCACGUAUCCAAAUACGAUGGCAAUACCGUGGGUGUCGAUGCCUCUGACUGGCUGUACAAAGGCGCGUACAGCUGUCCGGUGGACCUCGUACUAGGAAGACCGACCGAUGCGUACUUAAAUUACGCCAUGCAGCAUCUUAAACUCCUGCAACAGCACAACAUUAGACCAAUUCUAGUCUUUGAUGGAGCUCCACUUCCCUCAAAAGCCCAGGAGAAUGCUGCUCGUAGCAGAUUUCGUGCCAAUUGGUUACAGAAGGCAAGGAAACUGUUGCAGGAAGCGAAAGAGGACCAAGAUCCUCGCGCUGUCUUUUCGGCUUGUACGAAAGCUGUGUCGGUCACCAAUGAUAUGAUUAUGAGGCUGAUUGCAGUGCUGCGGAAAAUGAACAUCACCUUCUACGUUGCCCCUUAUGAAGCGGAUGCUCAGCUUGCAUUUCUGUCGCGCCAAAAGAUAGUGGACGUAGUCAUCUCGCAGGACUCAGACUGUGUGCCAUAUGGAGUCAAAACCGUGCUCUACAAAUUGAAUUCAGAUGGGUGGGGGUGUGAAUUGAAAAGGAGGAGCCUUGGUGCUAACGAGGAGCUAUCAUUUGUUGGAUGGUCAGAGGAAAUGUUUAUUCAGCUCUGUGUGCUUGCUGGGUGUGAUUACUGUCCGUCUGUGAGUGGUGUUGGCAUUAUCACAGCUUAUAAGCUCGUGAAUGAGAACAAGACGCCAAUAAAAGUUCUGAAAGCAUUACAGCAACAAAAAGGAUCAUUGGUGCCUGAAAACUUUUCUGAGCAAUUCUAUUCGGCGAUCUUGACCUACCGUCACCAGCUUGUAUUUGAUCCCCGUGACGGUAAGCUAAAAAUGCUGAGUCCACUCGAUGUUUCAAAGGAUAUAUUGCCGUUAGUAGAAAAAGGUCUUCACUUUCUUGGAAAUGUUGAGCUUCGUGACGAAGUUGUUGCAUCGAUUGCGUCGGGCCAACUUCACCCAGUGACACAUGAAAGUUACGUGUGGAACAAUACCGCUGCUAAUGUCCGGCUAGAAGAAGAGCCGGGGAUCUCAAACUCGAAAACAAGCAGAACGCGAUCAUUGACAUCGUCUGAGAGCAGUGGCAUGGCGAUGCCUCAACAAGACUACAGACCAAUUGAUCCUUUGUUCGGGGAGAUUUCCAGUCAUAUGCGGACUGCGAAUCCGCGAACUCGAUAUCAAAAGCCACGUCCGUCAUCGUGCUCAUCUUGGACGCACCUAGACAGCGUCUUGGGUUCAUCAGAUCACAUAGUGAAUUUUCGAAGCCCGAAAGUGAGCGAAAACUUCAGGCCGUUAGCUGCGUUGCACGAUCCAUCUGCAUCGAUUCGCAGCCUUAGUAUAAAUGCGCAGGAUCUAAAGAACUUUAAAAGCCUCCCUAUACGUGACCAAGUUAAACGUGUCCGGAACCCGACCAACCGAAGAAGAGACGGGAAAGGUAGCGGAUUUGAUGGCGAGGUUUUAUGCAGAGUCGAACACGGUAACGUUUCCAAUCCAGGGACCAUAACCGAAUCUCGGCUCAAAUCAGCGGCAAUUGAAGGUAAUUACGGCCGAUUGACAGAUGAAGAGAAUGCUCCACUAAAGCAAGAAAAGCGUCGUCGAUUAUCUCAAUGCCCAUCGUUGCCGUCGUCGUCACUUUCUUCGCAAGGGUCAAACUGUUUCAGUCACACACAGCUUUAUCGUCCAACUCCAUUUGGUUGUGGUCAACGACCAUUUAGUCCGACAAAUAGCGUCCACAAGCUACCACCCCGUCACUCCCAACAUACCUAUCCAGCUGAUCCAAAGCCUACGUCUCGUAAUGCCUUUGCAGUUUCAGCUGAAGAGAAAUGGGACCGAAUUCUUUGUGAAGAGCUUGACGAAACUAACAGCAGUGGCAGCCAAGUAGGGGACGACGAAGUGAGCUGUGCAUGCUCAUCGUCAUGUGUUAGCCAUCGACAACCUCUAGCUUCAAUCAAUGAGGUACUCAAUGAUUCCUAG